AUGCACGGAGAAGGCGAAGACCUUAACCGAGGCGAAGGCUACGAAGAAGAGCACGUGCAUAGUGUGUACGACCAGAUUGCAUCUCACUUUUCGUCUACACGCUACAAGCCAUGGCCCAUCAUCGAGCGCUUCCUCAAGAACCUGCCUGCCGGAUCUGUUGGCCUCGACAUAGGCUGCGGUAACGGCAAAUACCUCGCUGUCAAUCCCGACAUCUUCAUCGUAGGAUCCGACCGAUCUCACAAUCUCGUAAAGAUCGCCUCGCAACAUCAGCCACAUGCAGUUGUAGUUGCGGACAUCUUGGAUCUGCCACAUCAGUUGCAUUUCUUUGACUUUGCCAUUUCAAUCGCUGUGGUACACCAUCUUUCUACACCUGAGAGGCGCGUUGAAGCUCUCAGGUCGAUCUUGCAGACUCUCAAACCUGGAGGUCAAGCACUUGUGUAUGUCUGGGCGCUGGAGCAAGAAAGCAGUCGCCGUGGCUGGAGCGAGAAGGACGAUCAAGAUGUUAUGGUGCCAUGGGUUAUGAAAGGCUCGAAGAAGACCAAGGACGAAAGCGGAUCUGAGGCAGCGUCCACGGACAAGACGUUCCAUCGCUACUAUCAUCUCUAUCGAAAAGGCGAGCUCGAGCAUGACGUUGAGACGGCUGGAGGUCAAGUUGUGGAGGCUGGCUACGAGAAAGACAAUUGGUGGGCCAUUGCCAAGCGGACCGGGACGUGA